AUGAACACAUUAGAGCGUUCUUGUAGAAGUGUAACGGAUAGAAAAAGUGAAGCAUGUAAUAUAAUUGAUGAGAACGCAGGCAGGGCGCCGGGCGAGUUCGGGCGGGCCCGCGGUGCGGCGUGGCGUGGCCUGCGACGGCCCGCGGCGGCUCCGGCCUGUGGGGUAGCGGCGCGACGUACAGUGCGUCCUCGAGCCUCGAGCGAACAAGGGCUGCGUCGCUGA